ACCAAAAGCCCAUUGGGCUUUAAAUCGUGUAAAUAAUCAGCCCAAUUUCACAGCCCAAAUAUAUCCAUAUUUUCACAAACGGUGGCAUUUGACCACAACUCGCCGGAGAGAUUUCAUCGGAGUUCGCUAUGCGGAAGCAAGUGCUGUCGUUGACGGAGGCCGCCGCCACUAGAGUGCGCUAUCUCUUAGACCAGCGCCACCGCUCUUUCCUCAAGCUCGGCGUCAAGGCUCGCGGCUGCAACGGCCUAUCCUACACCCUCAAUUAUGCCGAUGAGAAAGGAAAGUUUGAUGAGUUGGUUGAGGACAAAGGGGUGAAGAUCUUAAUCGAUCCCAAAGCUCUCAUGCAUGUAAUAGGAACCAAGAUGGAUUUUGUUGAUGACAAACUGAGAUCUGAAUUUGUGUUUAUCAAUCCCAAUUCUGCGGGUCAAUGCGGCUGUGGGGAGUCCUUCAUGACGAUUAGCAGCUCUGAAGCAGCAGCUAAACGAUCGGGGACUUGAGAGAGUUGUCUCAGCUUCAUCAACGCAUAAAACGACGUAUUACAUCAAGUAGACUUAGACUAGGCUAUGUAAGUUUCUCUGUAUCGUCUUUCAGGCUUUUGAUGAUGAUGUAAAUUCUUCCAUCUCUGUAUGUUGUUAUGAAAAAUGCUUUCCUCUUUAUAAAGGAAGAUAAUGUUUGUUGUCAA